AUGGCGGAUUUCGGCUGCUCAUGUGGACCCAACACCUUAUUGCUCAUCUCCGAGAUCAUAGAUGUCAUCAUAAGCGCCAAAAGAUGCAGCCUUGGCCUCCAGCUGUCAGCAACAACAAAGAUCAGAGUGUUCCUUAAUGACCUCUUUAGCAAUGACUUCGAUGAUAGGCUUUACUUCAUAGCAGACUCAGCGUGA